GGGUAUGCAACCCGCUUUUGAUAAUCGAUUGUGCUCGCAGAGCGCAUGCGUUCACUUGUGACGUCACUGCGUACGCCCACCUUUGCCAUACAACAAACAAAACACACAACACAUGUGCUUUGGGUGCCUGAAAGAAGGAAAAGAACUUCGAAAUGGGCAAAAAUCAUCGACACCACAAGUUCCUGAAGUCUGAAAAGGCUAAGGUGAAGCUGAAAGCGAAGAAGACACUAACGAAAGGUCAAAAUAUCACCGACACGAGCUUUAAAGUCAAGAAAAUCGUGAUUCAAAGCCAGCUCGCUCAACAGGCGGAUGCCGAGCCGGUCACCAAGAAGAAACUCAGCCUCAAAGAUUUAAUCAGCCGGUGUGAGCACCACAACACAAACAUGCGCGUCGAUGCUCUGAACGGGCUUUUGGAGCUCGCGUCUACUCAUUUGGACACUUUGGUACAGAACUUGUACACUUAUAUCAGAAAAUGUUCCCACCUCUGCAUCGAUAAAGAGUCUUUGGUCAGAAAGGAAUCUCUGAAGCUGCUUCAAUUCAUCCUCCAUGCCGUCGGAGUGGAAAAUCUGGAACCGUUUUUGUCUGAGCUGGUCUCUUAUUUGACUGUCGGUCUGUCCCAUUUGCACAGGGAAAUCCAGGAAGAUUCCUUGCUGAUGCUCGACGCCAUUCUCGAAGCUGCACCGUCACUGGUGGCGAGAGCCGCCCCGAAGCUUCUGCCAGCCUUUCUGGACCAAAUUUCAGUCAGGAAAAACUUAGUUGCGAUGGAUAGAACACUCUCAGUUAACCUCCAGAGCUCCAAUACGAGUACUAGGUGGAGAAUCAAGGUCCUUGGACGCCUGCACGCUCUGCUGACGGCCUCUGCAGAACUCAGCCCGAAGAAAAAGCAGGAUUCGCACAAAGGACUGCGGCUGGUUAAUCCAACCGAGUUAAACAUCCCGAUUGCUCUGUACGAGUGGGAUAAGCCGUGCAUCAUCCAAGGCCUGUUCAACACAGGAACUGGAAUUUUAGUCGAGCAGGACCUUUUUUCCAGUCCGGAGAAAAUGAAGAGCUAUGUCGAGGUCCUCAUGCCACUGCUGUUCGAAACGUGGAUCGAAGUUGCGCCAUCCUUUAAACAGCAGCAAGAAGCUGGAAACCUAAUCUCUGGUGAAGCAGCUGAACUCCUUGACUGCAUCUUGGAAAUCAUGCAAUUAGUGUUUUAUUUCCUGGAAGGAGCAGAUGACUCAAUAGUGAAAUGGUUCCGAACCAGCUUCAGAGAAAACUUUCUCAAGCACAUUUUCGUGCACUUCCCGUAUGUGCAGAAGGAAGGUGGAGUGAAAGUUAAAAGAGGCCGAGACAGAGGUCAAGCCCCCUUUGAAGAGGAUAAAUACAAGCGUUGCAGUGCCCAGAAUCUGGCUGUGUGCCUCAUGGCUUGCAUCUUCUGCGACAAACCUUCGCAGGAACAAGCGCAACUCAUCUUUGACCACAUCAAAAAGAGCCUGGACAGCAGUCAUGGUGUGUCAGAGAAACUGGUUCAAGUUCUGGAAAUUGUGCUUAUCGAACGCUGCUCGUACUGGGACGCGAUCCAAAUCCGAGUUGAGCCGCUGGCUAAUUCUGUCGUCUCGGCCUGCAUGAAGCACAAGCCAGACUUUUCCGAGUCUCCCCUGUUCAGUCUUUUGUGCGACCUGAGCCUGCACUCCAUCAAGAAAAACAGAGCAAACCAAGGCUGUGACUUGAUUUACGAGAGAUUCAUUCAAAUGCUGCCUUCUGUGUUGACCAAUGAGAGUGUUUCCAUUAAGUCGAUGACAACAAUUACUACUCUAGUAUCUGCGCUUCACACUGGGAUCAUCCUCAGUCUUCGAACACACUCGGCUCUCAUUAUAGAAAAUUUUAAGAACGUGUGCGUGGCUGGAAUGAGCCAGCAAGAGAGCAGAAUGAGGAUCGUCUACCUGCUUUUUGCUGCAAGCGUGUGGAGGACUGACAUUUUGGACGCUGUGGGACGACAGCUUGUUAACAGCAAAGAAAAUCACGCAGAUCUCCUUUGUUACUACAGAGAACUGUUAGAAUACUGGAGACAGAAUAAUCCUGACACCGCAGUAGCUGCGAAAUUGAACGCAAUGCCCUGGCUGAUGACUGCUGCAUGAGCGAUUACUGAAUAUACAUUUGAUCUUGCUGAGGUUAUAAAUAUAUAUUCUAGACAGAGCUAUAAAUAACUUUGACAA